GUAAGAUAUUCAAAUAUUUCUCAUUUGUGGUGUACAAGACUUUUUAUAUAAAAUGUGGAUUUUAUUUUUAUUUUGCUCGCACACCUUCUUUUCUUUUUUCCUUUAUAACAAAUGAGUGCUUUAGACGGUUUAUCGCUUGGAAAAUUAUUCAGUACAGGACAGACUAUUCUCACCGAGUUGGAAGAUACUUCUUUAUCUAGCAUCGAUCCUGAAUACCAAGCCAAAGUAGCUGAUGCUAUUCAACGUCUUAGUCGCGCGGAUGCACUUGUUGCUCAACUCAACAUCUUUAGUGACAAUGAAAUCUUUGAUGAAAUCAACACAAACGACUUAAAGUUUUUGUUAAUACCAGCUUACCUGGGUGACUUGACCCUGAAGGUGUCUGGCAAAGACAUCGAUCGCAGCAAGAUUCUCGAAAAGUCAAGAGAAUAUAUUCAGCGCUUCAUAAGUACAUGUCAAGAUCACGGCUUGAUUCGCAAAGAAGAUUCAGUCAUUAUCGAGCAGUUGAGCCAUAACAAGGGCAAGUCACCUUCUGUUCCUGCUGCUCAACAGCGUGAUCAAAAGAUUGCACGUUUCAAGCGUGAAAGAGCUGUCAAAAGCCAGAUCCAACAGUUACGUGCCCAACUUGAUGGUGUGGCUGGUAAAAAAGAUGACGAGGAUCGUGAUGUGGAAGAGGUAGAGCGUGAAUGGGUGGAAGCUUUGAUCGAGUUGGAAACCUUGAGAGCCUUGGAGAAUUGGCAUGCCAUAGAACAAGAAUUUGUCAUGGUGAAAGAAAUGGAAAUUAUGCGUGAAAUGAUGGAAAAGACAGGUACUUCGACCGCACUUGAUAACCGUGAACCUGUGUUAAAUAGACCUACUUGGGGCAAGGAUAAGCCCAUGUUGAGUAAAGAAGGUAGACCUUUACAACCAUUUGUGAUCAUGAACAAACGAGAACAAAUGAAGAGUCAAGUGUUUGGCUAUGGACAUAAUUUACCAACAAUGUCGAUUGAUGAAUAUUUGGAGCAGGAAAAGGCAAGAGGAAAUAUCAUUGAGGGAGGUGGUGAACAACCCGAAAAACCACCAAUGGAUGAUAAUGAUUAUGAAGCUCAUGAUGCUGACACAAUGAAGAAGAGACAAUGGGAUGAAUUUGUUGAGGCCAAUCCAAAGGGUGCUGGAAACAGAGGAAACAAGGGAUAAAUAUCACAAUUUAACUUUUUAUGCGUUGUAGUACAUAAAUACUUACUUUUGAUUGUACUUUUUCACAAAAAUAUAUAUUUCUUUCUUAUUACUAAUAAAUACGUGUAUAUAUUUAUAUAUA